GAUACGUCACACGUAAACAAUGCAACGCGGGAUAGCGAGGUACGCCGUUCUCGCAAAAAUCGUUUUGUGUCAGUACGAUACAUACAGUCUCUUGCGGGACACGCGGAUCUUGGUCCUAAAGGAAUGUGGAAAUGGUGCCGAUAAUUCCCGUCACCACCGAGCUUUCGGACAGUGAUUGGGAUAGUCUGAGUCGCCUCUGCUAGACAUGGUGUGCGUUGCACAAAGCCUGAGUCCAUCCUCCUGAAGAUAUGAAUUGAAGAAUCCAUUUCAGUGGAACUCGGCCAGCUUAACUGAACGGAAGCCUCUGCAAAUGGAAUAUGUAUUUGUGUCCACAGUUUUGGACUUCAUAUUGGAGUUUAUAUUUGGAUAUGGUGUGCAUUCACGACAUGCACAUUUUGACAGCUGUUCGGUACUAGCAGGAUUCAUGUGAGAGUUUUAUCAAUAAGCACUGCCGGGCGAUAAACCAAGGCAUGCUGAUGAAUCCUGGAGUUCUGAGUGAUUCAGAGUGGCAAUGUCUUCCAUCUCGCCGGUGUAAACUACCAAUAUUUGGAUGACGCAGAAGUUCACCGACCUUUCGGGGGCCAUUUUUCCUUGCAUGAAUUCUUUUAAGUUGCAUUGCUGUCGAGCCUCGCCAUGACCACUACUCCUUGCCGGUUCCAUCAGCCCUUCCAACUGGCCCACGCCCUCGGGCUCCUCCUGAUCUUUGCCCUCCUUGUUAUCUCCACCCUGGGGUCGCUUGGGGUCGACGCCUGCCCCUCCAGCUGCACCUGCAACCUGGUGAGCCGGCGUGGCGACAGGGAAGGGCGUGGCCGGGAGGGGAGGCGGCCCAGUCGGAGGGAGGUUGUCUGCAGUGGGCGGGGGCUGAAGGCACCCAUCGAUCCCACAACUGUUCCAAAGGACACAGUACAGCUGGAUCUUAGUAACAACCAGAUAACGUCAUUGCGGCAGAACACCUUUGCUGGAUUGUCGUCCCUUCUCCAAUUGAACUUGAGUGGGAACUGCAUUUCGUACAUCGAGCCGAAAAGUUUUGAUGGUUUGGACCAACUCCAGAAGUUGGACCUGUCCAGAAAUCGGCUUGGUGGCGUCAACAACAGCAUGUUUGUAGGCCUGGGCAAUCUGGUUGACUUAAGUAUCUCAUACAACCAGAUUUCCACCAUUGCCGCUGCAAGUUUUGACAGGCUUCAAGAAAUUGUUUAUCUAGAUUUUGCCUCCGACUAUCUCGUGUGUGAUUGCCAACUCAAGUGGAUAGUGAGAUGGAUGAAGGACAACAAGGUGCGCAUAGCCGACACCACGGUGUGCGCCUUCCCGCAGUCCAUGCGAGGCGAGAAAGUCCGACAGCUCAAGAGGAAGGAGCUGCACUGUGACUGGCCGCUGGAGCUGCCCAUGUUCGAACUGGAGCCCGACAACAGCCAGGUGGUGUUCAAGGGGGAUACCAUCCCCAUCGAGUGCCGGGCCACCUACCUGGAGGGGGCGGAGGAGCGCAUCCAGUGGUUCAAGAGUGGCCGGCUGCUCAAGACCAACCUGACGGCCGGCGUCAACAUCACCACCACGGUGUUGCGGGACCAAGCCCGCAUCCGCAGCACGCUGUUGCUCUACAAGAUCCAGAUGGACGGCACCAGCAUCUGGGACAUCGAGUGUCGGGUCACCACCUCGCGGGGCAUCAAGCGCAAGAGGGUCACCGUUAUCAUCCUGGACAAUAAUGACACCAAAUACUGCCCCCCCAAGGAGACGCUGGACAACCGAGGUACUUUCAACUGGCCUGAGACCAUUGCGGGCAUCACGGAGAGCAUUGUUUGCCCCCAUGGGGUGGGCACCAGCCACAUGGGCUCCUUCUCCCAGGCCGUUGCCACUAGGAAGUGCAACUUGAGGGGAGUCUGGGAGGACCCAGACACCAGCCAGUGCGAAUAUGCUAAUGAGCUGACGUGGCGUCUAGAGUCGGCCUCUCUGAUGACCUACAACAAUCUGACCAUGGCUGUGCCCAUAGCUAAAGAGAUUGAAAGCAGCACUGCCGACCCAGCGGUCAUCCAAGACAAGAUGGACAUUACGUUCAUUGCGCGGACACUGGACAAAUUCAGCAGAUUGAGAAAUGUGGAGUUGGGUGAGGUGAUGAUCAACAUUGCCAGCAACGUGAUGGAGGUGAGACCGGAGAUCUUGAAGCAGAGCCAAGCCUACAAUCAGGCCUGCAGCAAGAUCGUACAGUCCCUGGAGAAGUUUGCUCAAGAGGUCCCCCGGUCCUCUGGCCAGGUCUUCAACCACAAGGCAGCCAACAUUGCUAUGGAGGUCUUCAACUUGGACACCGACACGUUCACUGGCAUGGCCUGUGCCUCGUUCAGGACAUCCCCGCUGCCUGCCAAUGCUCCGUUGGACCAGGAGACAGGUCUGCAGGAUUUCAGGUGCUUCAUGGGCGACACCGACGCAACCAGCACCCAGAUGACACGAUCCAAGGGGGUUGUGGAAGCGUCCAUCCAGCUCCCGAGUUCAGUGGUUGCCAAGGUGACAGAGGAUAACUUUCAGCUGCAGUUUUUCAUCUACAAGAACAGCCAGCUCUUCCCCUCUGUCACCAACUCCUCGAACACGGCAGAGGACCGAGGAAGGAGGCAGGUUGCCGGCCAAGUCAUAUCCAGCAAGAUCGCCGGUUCCAGUGUUCGCAAUAUCACCAGCCCAGUCAUCCUCAACUUCAGAACACCAGCUGGGGGUCGCGACCAGGUCCCUGGAUACUGGGAUUAUACCACUUAUCCAGAGGGCGCUUGGAUGAGUCGUGGCUGUACCAUCAUCAGGCAGACUGGCAACCUGACCACGGUGCACUGCAACCAUCUCACCAAUUUUGCCCUGCUCAUGGAUACCACAUCCUCCGGCGGGGUAAGUAAGGUACGUAGCAUCGAUCUCCUGCAUCCAGCCAUCUACGUAGGCAGUCUGAUCUUUGUGGUCUUCGUCUUCUGGACCAUGGUCAGCUACAUCUGCUUCAACAGCAACAUCCGACUGAAGCGGAAGUGCCGCCACUCCCUCAUGAAUAUGUGCUUCGGCUUCCUCAACCUGGUCAUGUUCUUUGCCGGCGGCGUCAACAGGACUGAGCCGCUGCUCCUCUGCCGGGUGGUGGGGCUGGGCAUCCACUACUUCAGCCUGUGCUGCCUGCUGUGGAUCGGCAUCGGGGCCCGGAACCUGCUCAAGGGGUUGACCCGCAAGGAGCGGGUGCUGCCCCCCGGCGAGGCACCCCCACCUCCCAGGCCAAUCCUCCGCUUCUACUUCAUGGGAUGGGGCAUUCCCAUGAUAGUUGUAGGCAUUACUGCAGCAGCAAAUAUCGGCAACUAUGGCGGGGAACAAAUCUGCUGGAUGGACUUCAGUAUCAGCUUGGCCGCUUGCUUUGGAGUGGCUGGUUUCUUUGUGCUGAUCACGUUCAUCAUGUUUGUGGCCGUCGCUGUGCGCCUGGGCUGGAAGCCCCCUGAAGAGUCCAAGGCCAGCCAGCCGAGCACAGACCUGGACCCGCACACUAACAUUGACAGUGAGUCGGUGGUGACGCAUCGGACGGCGUUGUCCACCGUCUCCAGCAUCCUGGAUGGGGAGUACACCUAUGCGAGGCAGCUCAAAGCAUCAGUCAUCCUCCUGCUUGGUUUCCUGAUCACCUGGACCCUGGCGGCGAUGGCUGUCACACAGACUCCCUUCCUCGCCAUGCUAUUCAGCUACCUGUACGGCGCCGCCAUCGCCUUGCUGGGUCUGUUCAUCUUCAUGUACAACUGCAUCCUGCGCGGCGACGUCAUGUACAACUGGCGGCGGACGUGCGGCUGCACCAAGUCACGGAACGCGUACGCUGUGGCACUGUCUGGCUCGCACCCAGGCUCGCAGGUGGGGUCGCAGGUCAUACCGCCAGGGAACGGCCACGUGGUCCAGCGUUGCCAGUCGGCCAGCAGCGUGGACUCCAAUGUGACCAAUCGCUCAGCCAACACCAAUCAGUCCAACCACUCGCUAAAGUCAGGCUCACGUAAGGCCUCGAAGUGCAACUACGUGCCCUCGCAUACCAACACGGGCACAGACGCCUCCAUUGACAGCAGCACCCAAGACACUGUGGCCCGGCCGCACAUGUACGAGAAAGCCCGGGGGAAUGGGUAUGCCCACAGGUACCACCACAAAGGUCGGAACCGGCCCAAGGGGUACAAGCACUCACGCUACUCACAGAUCACGAGGGACACGUCAGAUGCAGGGGCAACACCAGAGGUAUGCAGUGUUGUGCAACCUACUUGCUAUGCCGAUAGCGUUUCUAGUGGCUCGGUGAUGGCACGGGUGCCCCCAGUUGUCAUGGGGAAUGUUACCGGCGAGCAUGAGGGGAGCUGUGGACUCCAACCCAGCACCCUCAGUGGGACCAGCAUGCAGAGCGCACCUGCUGGGCCUGUGACCACCCAGCCAAUGAGACCCCAGUGGCCCAUGGUGAGAGCAGUGGAGCUACCCAACCUUCCCCCUCAGGGUAUGCCCGUACUAGCGGCUCACAGUAGCAACAACAGCAUCGGCAAGAAUGUCCCCUCUGCUGCCGACACCCAACCUCACCCUGCCGUUCCCCACAUCACGCCCUUGGACCGCCAGGAGGGGGCGGCGCUCAGGCGUCGCGCCUCGCGUGAGGACUCGCGGCGGUCCUCAGGCAAGAACAAGAUUGCCAAAGGUGCAGAUGACAAAUCCCUCCCCAGGGAGGAGGUGCCCUUGCUGGAAAACCACCCCUCUACGUCGGAGCCACCAACCUAUGAUGAAGCGACCAGGGCCACCCCAAUGGACGAUCAGGUUGCGAAGCAACCACUCGAAGCCAAAGAUGUCGAAGAGUCGGCGAUGGACGGAGCGGCAGUAGAAAUGGACUCACUCAGCCAAGCCGAUCAUAGUGACCAGGACGGCUCAGAUAAGCGAGAAACAAGCGUAUAGCGCAACAGCAUAGGAGCUUUAAACAAAUCUUUCAUAAAUUUUUUUUUUACUGCUUGUAAUAUGCACUGUAUAUCUGUGCAUAGUCCUUCAGUCCUUCAUAGAACAGUCCGUGUUGCAUUGCUUCAGUAGCCAUGGGAACGCUCAUUAUUUGAAUCAGUACAAAAGACCUUUAUUAGAAAAACAGUCUGGCAUGGCUAGAGAAACCUAGCCAGCAUAACUAAAAAGGUUUCAAACGAUGCUGCCCAUUGAAAUAGUUUCUCACAUGUUCAGUUGUAAUUUUUUUUCUGUGCCUCGGUUAAUGUAGACGAAACAGGGUAACCACGUUCAUAGCGAAAGUUCAAGACAUUCACUCGAUAGUUUGUAUCACUUGGGAUAGAACGUUUUGGAAAGCAAUGCAUUGUCAGUCAUGACUAGUCUUGGGAAUUUUCCCACCCUGAAUCUGGCCUCGAUGGUCAUAUUACUGCCCCUACUUAUAAAGUGGAACAAAGGACUAAUUUUUACUUGAUUUUGUUUUCUGUUUUUCCUCCCCCUAGUUGUUUUUAGUUGACUUAUUUAAUGUUCUUCAGGGAUACUUCUUUUUGUCAGAAGUGACAGAUUGCCAAGAAAUUUUUUCUUUUCUUUCAUUUGUUUCUUUUCUUUCAUUUGUUUAUCUUAUUCCACACAAAGCCUUGACUUUUUCAAAGACUUGCAUCUGCCAUUUCUAGUAUUUAAAUUAUCAUUUUCUGUAAGAGUUGAGCUGCAGACUGCUUGACCACUUGUACAUAAUGCAGUGCUUUUAUUGGACAUUGUAAAUAGCCAUUCAUAUAUUUGUCAAAGUUUUAAUUGCAUCAGAUGUUUUCUGUUUAUUGUGUGUAUUUACACCUCAUGACAGUUGACAGCACAAGAUAUAUUUGUGUAUGCAAAUGUUUUCAUCCAAAACAAUUGCCAGAGAUAAUUUUUUUUAAAUGAUCUGAUAGUCCCCUGAAAUUUGAAACCAGCAACACAAAUUGAAACCAGGGUAACUAGGGAUAUUCAAAGCUGGUAAAAAGGACUUGACCCGAGGGUUCGGGGAAAAGGUCAAGCAAGUAGUUGACCUCAAAUUGGGGGCCAGAACAGUCUUUGUAGAGCGAUAGUGGGAACUAAUAUUGAUUCUGUCAACUUCAAAUGUUUAUACAUGGACAUGUAUUGAUCGAAAAUUCCAUUGUGUUGUCAUUACAUUGACAGUAUUACAGUAAUGCUUAUUAAACAACAUUUGUUCCGUUUUGGUUUCACAACGCUUCUGAUGUGGAGAGAUACUAGCAUGGCCGUGCUUCAACUCAACACCCUAGAGAGAUUUUGUGAGAAAUGUCAGCAUGCUGUGACUAAGGUUCAUCAAUGAGGUCAGCAAGUGGCUCUCCGAAAAAAGGGGAAAUUAACCCUAACUGCCCUAGGACUGUUGGUGGUAUCCUUCCCUAAUCACACAAACUCCAACACUUUGAAAUCAAACUCCUACCUUACAGUACCCAAUCACACAGAGUCCAACAGUACUCUUGCUAAAACAGUACCCAAUCCCACAGAGUCCAACAGUACUCCUGUUGCAAUAGUACCUAAUCCCACAAAUUCCAACAGAUCUUUACCUAUGUCAUUUUGUUUGAUUGGAUACAGCAGGCCCACUGCACAGUACAAAGAGUAUGGACAGGCAGUACCUAUUCAAACAAACUCACACACCAUCAUGCUGCAUAUCCAUCCCCAACUGCUGGGAUCAUUGCGGUCAGAAACAAGGAAGAUUGUCCUUGUUAUGGUAUUUAUUACAUAAUAUCAUACCUACCAUUUCAAUGGGAAGCUUUCUAUCAUUAUGUAAUCUUUAAAACUACAGUACUCAUUUGAAAUUCCUGAUGGUAAAAAGUGAGAGGGCCUCAGUACCCAUUCAGUCAAAAUUCAACAGUCAAAAUUCCCAGUACCUAAUUCCACUAAUUCAAACACCUUACUGGUGUUGAAGUUUGACUGGUUAGAGAUUGCCAGGGUUAAUGAGCCACUUGUGUGUAACUUUUACCCAAACGAAAGCACAGAUCAUCGCAGCAUGAGUUGAAUUAUACAUGUACAUCCAAUCAAUAUUAACGACGAUUUCAAAUGCCUGGAUGGAAAAAGUGGACGUAAAUUAUCCUGGUACCUGCAUGAAUAUAUACUUCCUAAUUGAGAAUGCCGUUGUAUGGUGAAUCUUUAAUGAUCCAUGUAAAAGUGUGAACCAUUGCCUCGGAUAAGCAUUCAAAACAUUACACAAUAUGGUCUGUGUGGGCUCAUAGGGUGGGGCUUUUGGGUUGGAAGGUGGGGAGUGUUUGUGUCAUGCUGUAAUGUUAUUUGUGUCAUUCAUGUGUAUUGACUCACAGUUUGUGUAUUCAAAUUCAAUCAUCGAUCGUGAAAGUAAUCAGAUCAAGACUUAAAUCAUGGCACAUGUCAUCAGUUAAAUUUGGGCAACUUUUUGACAUUGGUAGACAUUUUUAUUACUGUAUACAUGUAAGAUUAGGCACUUUUGUAUAUUUAAUUGUAUUCAUUGUAACAAAACUGUGAUGCUCAGUUGAUUAUAAUGUUUGGUGUACUAGUUGUACUGAUUUGUAUGUAAUUUAUAGAAAAUAGUGAUUUUUAUGUGUGAAAGAAAGAGAAAAAAGCAGGCUGUUUUUAAUUCAAAGAAUGGCACAAAAUUUCAAGUGUAAUUUGAUUGCAUCUUCCAAAGGGAAGAUUGUGAUUGUAUAUUGUAGUUAAGAGCAGUUUUUCCAGCGCUGUUUUGAUGGUAUUCAUGACUCAUGAUAUUGGACAUGUUCUUGUAGAGUUAUAUUUUGUAGGUCUGAACUGGUACCAAGCAGUUUUUCCAGUGCUGUUUUGAUGGUAUUCAUGACUCAUGAUAUUGGACAUGUUCUUGUAGAGUUAUAUUUUGUAGGUCUGAAAUGGUACCAAGCAGUUUUCCAGUGCUGUUUUGAUGGUAUUCAUGACUCAUGAUAUUGGACAUGUACUUGUAGAGUUAUAUUUGGUAGGUCUGAACUGGUACCAAGCAUUUUAUCCUGUGCUGUUUUGAUGGUAUUCAUGACUCAUGAUAUUGGACAUGUUCUUGUAGAGUUAUACAUGUAUUUGGUAGGUCUGAACCGUUACCAAGUAACACUCAACAAAUCAUAGAAAUUAUUUAUGAUGGAGAAUUCAAUCUAGUGUUCAUUGUUAAAAUGUGACACUUCUUUUUAACUUACUCUCUUUAAUUGUGAAUUUCAGCCUAAUUCUGUAAAUUCCAAAAUCACUCACUGGGCCAGACAUGUUCACUGCAUUACAGUAUUUUUGCAUUACCUGUUUACCGUU